AGCUUGGCGGCCUUCAUCCGGUCUUUUCUUCAUUCCAAGGCAGUCGGUGGACGCACGGUAUACGCGCUUCAGACCAGCGUUAUCUAAAGCCAUGGCAAACCCCAAAGUUUUCUUCGACAUCACCGCCGACGGCAAGCCACUCGGAAAAGUGAUCAUGGAGCUGAGAGCUGAUGUUGUCCCCAAAACUGCAGAGAACUUCAGGCAGUUGUGCACUGGUCAGAAUGGCUUUGGUUACAAGGGGUCCUCCUUCCAUCGUGUCAUCCCCGGCUUCAUGUGCCAGGGAGGAGACUUCACGAACCACAACGGAACUGGUGGAAAGUCCAUCUAUGGCAACAAGUUUGCGGAUGAGAACUUCACCCUGAAACACACCUCCCCUGGCUGCUUGUCCAUGGCCAACGCUGGCCCCAACACUAACGGCUCCCAGUUCUUCAUCUGCACAGAAGUUACUUCAUGGCUGGACGGCAAGCAUGUCGUCUUCGGACAGGUCGUGGAAGGCCUUGGCGUCGUCAAGAAGGUGGAAGGGUUGGGCUCCAGUAGUGGAAAACCCAAGGCCAAGAUAGUCAUCGCUGACUGUGGCAUGCUGUAAACGCCUCAACCACUAACCUCCACCUUAGUCUAGUACCCCUCAGUGACCCCUUUCACAAAUCCUGCCGCUAACCGCAACAUUCCUGUCCACGAUCUACAAGCCCUCACUAUCUCCUUCAGUCGUCCGUCUUUGACAAGUUGCCGUUUUGUUUUCAUUUGCAAAUGCAGUCCUGUAGGCUUGCAAUUCGUGUCUCAAAGUCUGAAAAUAAAGGGGAACAAUGACAUGAAA